AGAUCCCUGCAGCAGAAGCAGUAGCAGCAGCAGCAGCAGCUCCUCGUGCAGGCUCCUUUCAAAACGUGAGUGCAUUACAGAGUCAUGUUGCUUUGACAGCACGUCCUGCCAGGAAAGCAGGAAUCUCAUCUGACUCUGUCACCAUUAGUAAAAUUAGCCGAGGCUGCCGUGCAACUACAGCUGUGCUACACACUCUCUCCUGCAAUUUCACAGGUUUCUCUCGCUGGAGAGUGAUAUAGGAGGAAAUUCGGUCCGAGAAUUACACGCGGAACUGCAGGCGGGUUACCACACCGGGAAUAAAAGCAAUUUCUGCGUGGAAAAAAAAGGAGGGACAGUGAAGUUGGUGAAGUUGAACGCAGAAUCCACCGCUGCCGCCUCUGUUGCGUCUUGGCACAAAGUUUUGACGCACGUCCUGUUGCGGCCGCGCUCAGGAGUCACCUGAGGAAUUCGCUGCUCGGGCCAAGGUGGGACGGUUCUGCCUCGUGAGAACACGGGGCGCGCGCGCUCCUGUCUCCGUAACCAUAUCACUGACCCUUCAAUUAAUUCCCAGGGCUCCACGGAACGGACGGUGCAUUACGAAACACGCACGAGCAUGCACACAGAUAACCAUCAAAUGACACCCAACACGUGCUGUCAUAUUUAGCUGGUCCGGAUCCAAAAUUAAUCCCGGGCUUUGUCGCGCGCCGGAGCUGCUUGUUAACCAGCGCAGCUUUCAGCCUGUUUGCGUUUUUUUUUUGCACCUUGCUGUCUGUCAGUCAGCUUCUGGGGACGCACUCUGUAAAAUGAAGUUGGGAAGCAUCAUUCUGUUCGUCGCUGUUUGCUCUUUUACGGCAUAUUAUAUUUAUGAGCCCAUUCCUGAGGAGAUAGAGGAGAGAUGGAAACUCAUGCUGACCAACUCUUUCUUCAGAACUCUCAGCCACCUGGUAAGCAAACAAACCUUUUUCCUCUCACUAGAUCUGCAUGUACUCACAACGAUUCCCUUUAUACGCAUGGACACGGAGUUCAUUUAAGACGCUAGUUUAAUAUAUGUUAUAGUCAUUUUCUCUUUUAUUAGCUAGAACAACUUAUGCAAAAUCACCCAGCUUUUGUUUGCUCUUUUACUGUAAGCAGUUUGGAAACGUUUAUUUUGCUGAUGGGGAUAUACCUGCUGGUUACUCCAGAUUAUGUCAGAUGCUAAUCCAUGUAUUUUAUUCUCCUGCUCAUCUGUUCUAAUUAUAGACCAUAUUAAUGACUGUAGAGCAUGUGCUUCACUAUGGCUCUUAAUAGGUUUAUCAUACCCAAGUUAUGCAUCCCCAACUGCAACAUCAAUCUAGCAAUGUUUGGAAAAAACUCAACAUGCCUAUUUCAACACUAAAUAUACAGUAAAUUGUUAUCAUGCAUGCAGAAAAAGUUGUAAAAUACUAUAAAAAUGUUCUGUUAUGUAACUUCAUGCUAAAUGAUAUUCCAUUAAGGUGCAAUAACAAGCAGAUGCAGAACUUCUUAGUAGGUUUUUAAAUACUAAACUAAUAAGUUUAUUCUUUUUAACAUUUUCCGCUAGACUUUUUAAUUUCUCCAACGAUUUAUUCCCAGUGUCCUCAUCUGAAACAUACAUUUUUAGGUUGUGGGAGGCUGAUAGGAGUAAGUGAUAGCAGGUACUAUGGAUCUUUUGAUGAGAGGGCUCUCCUCACUGUGGAAAAGCAUCAGCUGAUGAGCCUCAUGCAAGCCAGUGAAUGCCUACCUUAUUGGACGCAAUAGAGUACAAUUCAUGGUUUUAUGAAGCUAUAUUCAGUUAUCACUUCUAGAGAAAGAAAUUACUAGAGGGCAGUGACAUUUAACACACAGCAUUUCCUUGUUUUUACUCUCCAUGUUUUACCUCUGCAAAUUUAGCCAUCAAAGCUCUCACUGUUCGAGCAUAAUAAGCUCUGUUCUGUUUUCAGAGCUUUGAAUAGUCCACGUUUUGUAUUAGAGGUGAUAUUAAAGCCUCAGGUGUGAUGACUAACAUGAAAUUCCAGAUCUCAUGUUUUCGGCUUUCUUUUCCAGGCCGACCUCAGCGAGUUACUGGGGCUGAAAGACUACAUGGGGGUGAUGUACUUCAUCACUCUGGUUGAAAAGGUUUCACCUGUGUCUGAUGAGCACGUUAAGGUGACGGUGGAAAUGUUUGAUGGAGUUGAGGUGGUUGUGUAUCAGCCGAAGCAGCAGGGUGGUGACGCUGAGCUCAGGAGGGCUGUCAUAUACCUGCACGGCGGGGGAUGGUGUCUGGGUAGUACCCGUAAGUAAAUGGUCUGAUAUCCUUUUUUACUUCACAGAAUCAUGACUGUGACAUUCAAGGAUGGGUCAAAGAGUCAUGCGGUUAUUACCACAGCUACUCAGCUGUUACUCAGAGUCAGAACAACGUGAUUGAUGUCACACAUACUUUCGAAACUUUAGAAAGUACCUAAGAGGAAUACUGUGUCAGGAUUAUCAGUAAAUAGGAAACUAUCAAACACAAGCUGUGGAGCUUUCUCAAUUUCCUGAGAAAAUAACACACCGUCUGCUGCAGCAGUGGGAACCCAGAGGGUGGUUCCCCUUUAAUCCUUAUCAUAAAGACAUGACAUGCAGUUUGACACAACUCAUGCUGCUUUUGCAAUCUGUUGAACACUCAUAAGAAUUACAGUAACACAGAUCUUUACAAGAAGUGCCCUGUGCUGUAAUGUUGCCCUCAUGUCGUGUUUGAUGCGUGAAAUCAGUGCAAAUUACUCCGUGUUUGGACGUUGUUUUGCUUUAUAAUACCUGGUCUGAUCUGUAUCCAUCUUAUCUGCCCAUGUAGGGAUGAGCCCGUACGAUCUUCUGGCCAGAACGAUGGUAACUGAGCUGGAUGCAGUGGUUCUCUCUGUGGAGUAAGUGUGUCAUAUUUCACAGCUUAUACUACACGGUGAUUAUUAUCUACCACAUAAACCGCUGUGUGGCAAAAUAUUCCCUCUAGAGUUGCAGGGUCAGACUAGUUGAAUUAAUAGUGGUUAUUAUUAACUCUUGUCAAAAUCUGUCCUUCAUACAUUAGUUUUGUUCUCUCUGUUUCUCACUGUCCUGCCACAUGAGUCGAAAGCAAGCAAUAGAGUGGAGCUAACUGGUUUUCACUGGCCUUUCCUCUUUCACAUCCACACACGCCAGUGUUUGUUUUAGCCUUUUCUGUCUCUAAUUCAACCUUUCAGCGCUGGAAAUCUCAACCCAAUCUCCAUCUUUUCACAAACUGGUUAAAGUUUCAGCUGUUGGGAUUAACUUUUAGAGGAGUGGCUGAUACAGAGGCAUUUCAUCAUACUUUUUUCCGCGUGUUCAACAUGCUUGGGUGUGUUGACAGAUAGUAUCUGACAGUGAGGAUGAGUGUAUCACUGUGGGGGUGUGUAUGUGUUUUGUCCUAUCUGCCGUAUCCAAAUUCCUGUCUGCAAUUUAUUAAGGGUCCAAUGGGUAAUUUUAGGAUUUCACAAUCUUCAAGUCAGCAGUGUGUAACAUUUGGCCUUUGGACUGGAACAACUGGUGAAAACAAUUGCUCAAAAAAAAAUUGGGCAAUUUACUUUUUUGAUUUUGUUUUCGGAGAAUUUUUUUUUGUUUCUGUUUUCUUUUCAUCCGAGUACUCGAUGAUUCACAUCACCACAUCUCUCCUUUGUAACUCAACUCUCUUAGACACUGAAUAUCUGUCUUAAUAUAUGAACUUUUGUAGAGCUACAGCCUAUCUAAAACCUGCCAAACAGAUAGCAAAUUACAUUAUGCUAGUGCAUAAUCUAUAAACAUGACACAUAACAUCUGAUUUUGUCAAUUUACAGUAAGUUUGAGAAGAUUUGUUAUUUUUUCAGACAUUUCUUCUCUAAAAAAACUACAGAAUGCAUAUCUUAUAUUCUUAGUGAUCAUUAUUUUCUUAAGAAAUAAGAAAAAACUACAUUCUUUUUAAAAGUUAGGGAUAAUUAAAUGCCAGAUUGGCCCUAAAUUGUAAAAACAAUGUAUUUUACAGCCUUCCUAUGUUUAUUUUCCAGAGAGAAAAAUGCUCUCUCUGUGUGUGUAUAUAUAUACAUAUGGUGUUUAAAUGAUCCUUUUGCUUUAAUGUUCACCUCUCUACUCUUUUCAGGUACCGCCUUGCCCCUGCCCACCAUUUCCCUGUGCCCUAUGAGGAUGUGUACCGUGUGGUAAAACACUUUCUCCAGAAGGGGGUGCUGGUUCAGUACUCUGUGAACCCAGAGCGCAUUGCCGUGUCUGGGGAUAGUGCAGGGGGAAACCUGGCAGCUGCUGUCUCCCAGCAGGUAGUGAAUCUAAUUUAUCUUUCUGGUGUCAGCUCUAUACCUCUGUGAAAACAGGUAUCAUCUGUUCAUAAUAACAAGGUUGUAUUCAUUUUGAGUAACUCUCUGGCUCAAAUUCAAUUUCAAUAAUGGAACAGGCAUGUUACCUCAUGUCAACAUGUCAACUACUGGCGUUAAUAUAUGCAGUUUUUUUCUGUUAUGAGAAGAAAUGCUUUAGGGAAGACAGUAUAGAUAAGGCCUUUGGGUGUUCAUGUUACACAGGCUGGCAAGAAAGACUCGAUCGAGCCUAUAGAGAUGGCACAAAAACAAUCAAUCCAUCUGAAGUAUUCAUGUACUGAAAUCUGAGUUCAGCUCUUCUGCUGUGAGCUGAAGGAGGUGGAGGUGGAGUUUAAAGCAGUAAUAAAGAAAAAGAAAAAAAAACUUUCACUUAAAGUUACAAAAAAAGCUGCAGGACCUUUCCCACAUUUACAGAAACCUUAUUAAAAUAAUGUGAUAUGGUUAGAGUGAAUUGUGGGAAAGAGUUGUUGACGGGGACUCUCAGGUCUUUACUACCUCUUUACUUUGGCAGCCUGACUAAAAACCGUCUUCAUGGAAUUUGGCUUCUUCAUUUAACUUCUUCUCCAUGCAGUGCUGUGUUGAGCAAAGUCUCCCCAGGUCGACUGUGUUACUCUGGAAUUUUUCAGCUUGAUCCUGAUGUUGUCCUUGAAAUACCUUUUCUGCUUUGAGUGUUUAGUUCUUAGGCCAGGACCAGGAUCUGCUGUAUGUACUGUAGAUCACUGGAUAUGAGUUUCAGCCAUGUGUUCUCUUAAUGAUUGGUUUCUGGAUGGCCUCAUCCACCAAAAUCUUCUAAAGUUUCUUCUUAAAUUACUUCUUUAGAAAGUUUCAGAGAUUCUUGAAGCUGUCAUCACGCCCUCUGUGCAGUUAACACAGGUAUCUGCCUUUAAAUGUCACAUGAGUAUGAGACUGCAGCGCCGUGUGCACUUAUAGGAAAAUCACACAGGACUGAGAGGAGAAGUGUGAAGACAUUUGAUAUGUGCAAAUUAAAAUGUGCACUGGACUCGAAGUAAAAAGAUCAUUUAGUUGUUCUGGAAUGGAGGUAGUGUUGCAGGAAGUACAACCCAUUUUUGAUUCCAUUAUGAACAUGAUUGACAGGGAUUUUACUUAAAAAGCUGCUGCUGUAAAAUGAGUAAUCAUGUAAAGGAUCAGUCAUGAAAUACACAUGAGUUAAGAAGAGUUAUUAUCAGUAAGAAGAGGUGUUUAUUUCAUCAAAUAUUAUCAUUUAAAGUUCUUUUUAGCCUCAUUUACUUAAAUAAUAAUGUACAGAUAUAAGUUUGAUUUGUAAAAUUUCCCCUGGUUGUUUUAUUUUUUACAUUCAUAAUGCACCAUCUUGCAGUUUAAACCCUCUGCCCGACUGAAAUAAAAGUUAUUUACACUGAAAUAAUAUUUUCAUAAUGGUGCGUCAUAGAAAUCUUCCUGAAAAUGUGCUGUUUACUGCAAACAUGUCUAUGUACGUCUAUGACUAUGCAUCUGAGUCAGAGUAAGACACGAGGUGGAUGAUCUGUCUGAGUCAAGUGAGAAACCACUUUGUCCUGUUGUUAUUAGGGUGACCUCAUGAGAAUUCACCCACCCACACAGCACACAUGGGCCAUGUAUGGCUUUCCUGUUUAUCGAAUUAGCCAAAGAAGCUCCCAGGCAGGUUGAUGAGCAGCAUAAACAACAAGAGAGAUAAUUGCAUGUACCGUUUCCUGCAGCCACCUGAAAAAUGAGCAUGCUGAAUUAUUUGUUUUGUGCAAUAUCGUACAGGAAACCCUCAAGUGCUCUUUGUUCAACAUGAGUGCUUUUUUUAUUGUACAUGGGUUAAAAUCACAUCAGUGUGGUUUGUUUAAGACACCGCCAAGUGAUCAUAUCAGGUAUUUGUUUUGUUUUGGCGCUCAACAAGUUCGACAUCAAAACAAAGUUUGAUCAGUUCAGUGUCAGCUUUAGCAGUUGAAGUGAAUAAGUCAUCUUUCUGUAUCACUGUAUUGAGUUUUCACAGAGUCACAGUUGCUCAGCGUCGCCUUGGGUUUCUUGAUUUUAUCAAAUUAGAUUUUAAACAGUACGAAACACAUGGUGUUUUUGUACUUCCUGUUAACAGCUGUGAGAAGUGUGAUCAGAUGAUGCUGGCUUGUGUCCAAAAACAUCUUGUGAAAUGUUAUGUUCUUCUGAUACCUCAUUUCCUCAGCUAUAAACAGGGUUGUGUUCUUUACUACUGGUGCAUGCAAUAUACAUAUAAAAAAUGCAAUAAGAGGGUUUUUAUAGUGUCGAGAAGACUAUGCAACAACCUCGGCGGGAGCUUUUCCGUGGACAUAGUAAAACAUCAGUGGGGUCCUUGUUUGAUUAAAAGACCUCCUCAGUCAGCAGACAGUUUAGACCUGUAUCUCAUACUACUUGUAUCCUGUAUUUUUCAGUACAUGAGUUUAAGAAAUACUGCAUUUAAUUCAAAAGUUGCUCAUUUCUCUCUCUCAUCACAGCUACAAAAAGAGCCGGGGCAGCAGAUAAAGUUGAAGGCCCAAGCACUGAUUUACCCGGUGCUGCAGGCCCUGGAUCUUAACACGCCUUCCUAUCAGCAGAAUCGGGACAUGCCCAUUCUGCCACGCACCCUAAUGGUGCGUUUCUGGAGUGAGUACUUCACCAGCGACAAAGCCUUUUUCAGGGCCAUGAUGGCUAAUACCCAUAACAACCCUGAGUCGUCAAGCUUGUUGAAAUUUGUCAACUGGAGCGCCUUUCUGCCAGAAAGCUAUCAUGGGAAGUACAACUACAGCGCUCCUGCUGUGGUGCAGGGAGUCAGAGAGGAUGUUGGGCUGGACGGACCGUCUCGAUCUCUGUCUGAUCCAAGAGCGUCGCCCCUGCUGGUCCCAGACACGGACUUACACUCUCUGCCCAAGGCCUACAUACUGACAUGUGAGUAUGAUGUCCUCCGAGACGACGGGAUCAUGUAUGUCACACGGCUCCGUGCUGCUGGCGUUGAUGUGACACACGAACACUAUGACACGGGAUUUCAUGGAGGGUUAAUGUUCACAGUGUGGCCAACUGACUUCCUGAUCGCACAUCGGAUGACAGACAACUACAUAAAAUGGCUAAAGGAAAACUUGUAAAAACUCUUGACUAUCAAUGUUCAUUCCAUUUUUUUCCAAACAAUGCACUGUAAACUGGUCAUGUGCACAUUUUUACCAUCUCUUUACCAAUUAUUUCUUUCUCUUUGUGCUUUUUUUUAGCAGAUAUGUAGAGAAGGGUGUUUUCUGACUUCUUAGCUUCAGGUAGAUUACACGAGAUAAUUUGAGUUCAACACAGCAGCAUCUCUCUGGGGAUUUUCUUUUUGUCCGAAAAACACAAUAGUCCACAAUCAAACUGUGAAAUCUCACAGUUGUUUUGUGGAUGGUGGCAGCUGCUCAUUUCUGUUUCCCACCAAAAGACCUGCUUACCAAAUAAGUCUGUUUAAGUACAGUUAGUUAUACAUACCAUAAAAGUACCGUAAUUUCCUCCCAAGAGCUCAAGAAGUCCAACUCAGGUCAAGGCAGGGAGGAAGACAACGAUUUUCAGAGGAUGAAAAUAUCAGGAAUCACUUCAGCCAAAGUUGACAUUCAUUUUGGCUGACAUCUGAUACCGAAAAACCCAAACUCCUGAAUCAGAUACUCGAGUCCUUUUCUGUUACGUUCAAUAUUACAUGUUUUCACAAGGGAAAAACUGUCCCUUGGAUGUGCUAUGUAUCCAAUUUGGCAAAAAAGUAGAUUAUUGUUUCAGUAGUAAAAGAUUUAACCAAGCAAGAAGUAACCAAAUCAGCGCAUUUCAUGCAUCAAUUCUUACUGCUAUAAAUUUCAAGCCUGUAGAGUGUUUAAUGAUAGCUUCUAUGUCUUUAAGAUCUUUGCUCAACAGAGAUAAAAAAUGAUUUAAAAAUGCUCAACCACAUUCCAAAGAGAAUAAUCGUAUUAUUAUGCAAAGACGACGUUGUAACACUACCGUAUACAUGUACCUCUGAGCAUUAUUCACACCAAGUGAACAGAGAGAAAGACAGAGAGGGGAAAUAAUCGCUACCACCCAAAACGAUAUUCUAAUCUAGUCUAAUCUAAUCAUUUUUUAGUCAAGGUUUGGUUUUCUGGUUUCCUGAGGAGGGUGCAGAACAAUGCAGACAAAUGUAGAGGUGGAACAAAAAAAACUUGGCGAGUUCUCCAGAAGAAUCUCUGCCACCAUGAAGCCAUGCUGUAAAUUUUAUCACACGGUAGCAAAACUUAACCAAACAUAUCAUAUGGUUAUGAUUCUUCAACGUGGACCAGUGUUGAAGCAAACCCAGCUUCAUUGUUAUCCUUAUUAUUCAGGCAGUCUGGGGUUGUGUCGUUGGCAGAAACAACCCUUGGCACCAACUGAAGCAGUAAACAAAACAAAACCCCUUUUUCUUUUUGCUCUCCUGGUGCUGGAACAAAAUAUGAAAUAAUAAAAUAGACUUUUGUUUUGGUUUUUGCAUCCAGAGCAUUUCAGGUCCAGUUCCAACCUUUGACAUCUUGACUCUGACCAGUGGUGAUGCACUAGAAACUGUUUUCCCAGUAGAUGCUCAACAGAAACAAAGACAAUGCUGUUUCUCUUGCACAUUCGUACGGUUGGCAGGCUUGGGAAUGACUAAAAAGUACACAUAAAGUCAAGAAAGAAAAUGUGUUUUCUAUAAUAAUGCACCCUUCGGUCUGGAUGCAAUUUUUCUAAACUUCUGCUCUGGCAGAAUUCAGAAAAACUCUGGCUGCAGUUAAUUUCUCCGGAGGCUCAUCAGUCACAUAAACAAUCCCCGUCUCUCUUUCUCUCUUAUCUUUUAACUGGCAGGUAACUGACGACGACUUCCCUCUGUGAUCUGUCUGUACAUAGAAAGUCUAUCAAAAAGAUAAGGAGGUUAAAGGGUACCAGAAUAUAAUCCUAUAAAAGUCUCUGUUCCGUAAUGUGUCACUGUUUUUACGCCCUUAUGGUUUAAAGAGGCUCACAGCUCAUAACUGUAACUGUAAACUAAAAGUUUAGCUUUAAGGUCAAAUGUUGUUUCAAUGUGUUCCAGUUCUUCUCUGUUUUCUAGACUCGGUUUUUCUCUUUAUCACAAAGGUAAUUCAUAACACGAUGUAUUUUUUUUCAACAACUGAAUGCUUUACAGCUUUUAUUUUUGCCAGCUUCUCAAAUGUAAGUAUGAAUACUUCAAUGUUUUUUUGAAUAUCCUCUUUGAGAUCUCAACAUUUGCAUCAUAUUUAAUUUGAACAAUGUCAAUAAACUGACUGACCUUUAUCUGUUGA